AUGAGCGUACCUGCGACCUCGGAUGGUAAUGCAUCGAGUAACGGCACAGCAGCGGCCCAAGCGACGGCGACAAAUACAAACGCAGGCACAACUAUCUCGGCAUCGGCAUCGAUGUCGGGACUACAACAACAACCAUCAUCAACAGCAGCAGCAGAGAAAAAGGAAGCCAUCGUGCCACGAGACGUGCGUUUGCUCCACCUCAUCUUUGCCACCCAGGGAAUACAGAACUACCAGGACCACGUGCCGCUCCAGCUAAUGGAUUUCGCUCAUCGCUACACCAAGAGCAUAUUGAAAGAUGCGCUUAUAUAUAACGACCACGCCAGGCCUUCAGGAAGCAGCAGUAGCGGUGCGUCGACUGUUAACACAGACGAUAUCAGGCUAGCCAUUGCUGCCAGAAGUAACUACCAAUUCAAGCCUGUGCCACCAAAGGAAUUGAUGUUGGAAUUGGCCCAAGAGAGAAACUCAAGGCCCUUGCCGCCGGUGAUUCCCAGGUGGGGGUUGAACUUGCCGCCGGAGAAGUAUUGUCUUACGGCGAAGGAUUGGGAUAGUAUAUACGAUGAGCCUGAAGACGGCGUUCAAGAGGAGAGCGCAGGGCUCAAGAAGAAGGCGAGGGUCAAAUAG